ACGGGUGGGUGGGAAAUGACGUGUGCCGCAGUGCCGGUGAAGGGGCGAGAGUCAGUAGUGCGGUGGUGUUCACGCGCUUUGAUAUUGUACGUUUUAUGGGAAACUGCUGAACUGUAGAUUUGGGUUAUGGACAAGACUAGUGUGGUGUAACAGGAUGUCGAGUCACACGCUGCUGCUUCUGUACGGGAGUCAGACGGGCACGGCCCAAGACACGGCCGAAAGAAUCGGUCGUCAGGCACAGAGGAGGAGGAUCAGAGUCCGAGUGCAAGCUCUAGACACGUACAAUGUGGCGAAUCUGAUAUUGGAGUCUCUCGUGGUGUUUGUUUGCUCCACCACAGGACAAGGUGACCCUCCAGACAACAUGAAGAACUUCUGGCGGUUUGUGUUCAGGAAGUCAUUACCCUCAGGAUCUCUGUGUCGCCUGGACUACGCCGUGCUCGGCCUUGGCGACUCCUCAUAUCCUAAGUUCAACUUUGUGGCUAAGAAGCUCUAUAAGCGUCUGUUGCAGCUUGGUGGUAAUGCGCUACUUCCUGUUGGCCUGGCAGACGAUCAGCAUGAUCUGGGGCCGGAUGGAGUGAUUGAUCCCUGGUUAAGUUUAUUCUGGCAAAAGGCUCUGGCUCUUUAUCCUCCCCCGGCUGACUUAAGCCCCUUACCUGACGAAGAUCCACUUCCUCCUCGGUAUGUUUUCCACUUCCUGGAUGACACUACAGAGGAGCCGGUUGUGAAGCCCAUGCUAGCACAUGGCCAGGCCCCACCCUCUUCAGCCCACCCCUUCCCAGCUCGAGUGGUGUCCAAUCGGAGAGUAACAGCCCCUGGUCAUUUCCAGGAUGUGAGGCAUAUCGAGUUUGACAUCACAGACUCAAACAUCCAGUACAGCGCAGGCGAUGUGGUGAUGAUGAGGCCAUGUAAUUCCCCAGAAGAUGUGGAGCAGUUUUGCCAGCUACUGAGACUCAACCCUGACAAAUACUUUGUGCUCACACCCACAGAUAACAACACAGCUCCUGUCCCUGUGCGUCUCCCUCAGCCGUGUUCCAUCAGGUUCCUGGUGCAGGAGUUUCUGGACAUCGCCGCAGUGCCACGCCGUUCUUUUUUUGAGCUGCUCACGACGUUCACCGAUAACGAACUGGAGCGAGAGAAACUGGCUGAGUUCAGCUCAGCGCAGGGUCAAAACGAGCUGCACAGUUACUGCAGCAGACCACGGCGUACAGCUCUGGAGGUCCUGACGGACUUCCCUCAUACAACAGCCAAGCUGAAUGUGAACUACCUGCUUGAUUUAUUUCCAGAAAUCCAGCCACGCUCAUUCUCCAUAGCAUCCUCACUCCUGGCACAUCCUAAUCGAAUCCAGAUCUUGGUGGCAGUGGUGCAGUAUAAAACCAGACUUCACAAGCCACGUAAGGGCCUUUGCUCUUCCUGGCUGGCAUCUCUGGCCUCCUCUCAUGGUGACGUUUGUGUGCCCUUAUGGGUGAAGAAGGGUAGCCUGAAGUUUCCUCAGGACCAUAACAGCCCUGUGAUAAUGGUAGGACCUGGAACAGGAGUUGCUCCAUUCCGAGCUGCCAUACAGGAGAGAAUAGCUGAGGGGAGAACAGCUAAUGUCCUGUUCUUCGGCUGCCGCUCUGAGUCCCAAGACUUCUACUGUCGUGGUGAAUGGGAGCAGAAAAUCCAGGCAGGUCAAAUGACCCUGUUCACGGCCUUCUCCAGAGAUCAGGAGGAUAAAAUCUAUGUUCAGCACAGAGUAAAGGAACAGGCCAAACUGUUGUGGGACCUGAUUGUGAACAAGAAUGCUUUCUUCUACAUAGCAGGGAACGCUAAGCAGAUGCCCACAGCAGUGUGUGACGCACUGAAGGAGGUUUUUCAGCAGGAGGGAGGUGUGACAGAGAGCCAAGCUCAGGAAAUGCUGGACACCAUGGAGAAAACCAGCCGCUUCCAGAGUGAAACCUGGUCCUGAUCAGCACAGCUCACGUCCAUACAUCAUAUAUUCAGGGCCAACAUGGCCUUUAGUACCAAGAGCACUUCAAAUGCUAUGCAGCUGAAGUCAGUACUUCACUUUCAAGUACAGAUUGAAGCUGUAGUUUUACUCUAAAGACACAUUCUCUUGCAGAGGUUGAAUCAUUGAUGCACACUUACAUGUACAACACUACAAACCAUGAAAAAGUGUCAGGCUUGUCAGUGUUUUUAUUGCAAGUGCAGUUUACCUCCUAAGCAGCAGAGGGCGCUACAAAAUGACAACUUUCAGCUAUGCAGUUCCUAUAACGAAUAUACUCAUUAUUCUAUUAGAGUAUUUUAGGUUCCUGAUUGAGUGAGUAAACAAGGGAGAGAAAGAUGAAAAAAGGAAGGGAAAAAAAAAACCUACCCCACAAUGCCUUCUUGAAAUGACUAUAAACAGCAAUAAUUGUUGUUUGUGUAAAACCUUCAAUUCUUUUGAGAUUUUUCUAUUGCAAAAAUUAAAGCAAAAUCAAGGAAAUGCCACAAUAUUCGGAGGAGCUUGCGAUUUUUCACAAGUUUGCACCAAGACGCAUGUGUCAUGCGACAUCACAAUGUGCCAGGUCUCAUUUACCAACAAACAUCACUGCGAAAGACCAUGCAAAACAAUUUUGUGCAAUUGCCAAUACAAGUAGUUUUCUACUAAACAUGGCAAAAAAAUUUUUUUUUACAUUUUUAAAAAAAAGCUAAAUCAAGCAUUUUUAGCUGCAACCUUCGCAAAAAAACUCUGCAAAAUCCUAUAUGGACUGCUCUACACAAUUAGUCAGACUAACAUGUAUUUUUGCUGAUCCAGAAGUGGACUAUGAAAAGGACCAAGUUAUGCAAAAUGAGUUGCAGUAGUGUAACUACACUGAUGUAUGUUAUGAAUAAACCCAAGACUGAAAUGAAAA